AUGACUGUAAAUUUGGUGCACGUACUUCUUGGAACCCAAGGCCAGGGUUUCGGUGUUUGGGAAAAAUGCUUAAGUGGAGCUGAGGAAACCCCUAAAAAUUAUAAAUACAAUAUUGGAAUGGUUAACAAACUAGCUAAUGCCCCACGAGUUCGGGGACACCUAAACCGUGUGGUGAGAGGAAAGGCGGCUCGAAUUGAAGUGGUAUCUCCGAGACCUUCGAGGAUUGUGGCUCGGAUUGAAGUGGUAUCUCCGAGGCCUGCGAGAAUUGCAGCUCGGAUGGACUUGGUGUCUUCGAGGCCUGCGAGGAAUGCGGCUCGCAUAUUUUGCCCAACGAGUCAUAGAGAUAUCCAGAUCGUGUGGAGCGAGGAUUACAGGGCAGGACGUGUCACCAAUGGUGUCACGAGGAAUUGA